AUGGCGUCGAAUCUCGAAGAUCGCCGCGUACAGCUACUACAAACGCGAAAGCAAAGGCUCACAAAACUUCAAGGAUACAAAGAAGAUAUUGCCCAAAAGCGUAGAGAAAUAGAAGCGGCUGACAUCACAGAGUCUGAUCAAAAUGAUUUGCUCCUAAAACUUGAUGCACGUGAAAAUCAAGUUGAUCAACUAACGGCAAACUUGAAUAAUAUCUUUCUCCGCCAUUGGAACAAAUCUGGAACCAUACAAACGAUUUUGAAAAUUGAAACCGGCUUAAAGACCCUUGACCGACAAUUCAUUGAAGCUUCUUCAGCAAAUCGAGACCUCAAAUCCCGCAAUCAACUCGGGGAGCGUCCCAACAUUUCUUCAGAACAUGUUUUUGAGUCUGCCGUUGUUGAGCAAUAUGAUUCGAACUUCCUAGUCUCCGAUCCUCUUCGCGCUGUUCGUCUCCAGACUGGUCAUCUUGUUGCAACCGAUGAUCCAGUUGUCACUGGAAGACACAGUCAAGCAGCCAGUGUACAGAGUCACGAAUAUUGGCCUGUUCCAGAACAAAUUGAGCAGCCUGGAGGCCUUUCGCCUCCCCCACAGAAAUUUUUCUAUGCAAUUUCGCAGUAUGAUCAAGUUGAUAGCCCUGGUUCCAUAAUAACCCGACAUCGAUACUCGGAUUUCGAAGCCUUUGGCCCUGACAAUUUAAACCCGGAUAUAAUUGAUUACUCAGAACGAUUGCCAGCGAGGCCGUCGUCAUCAUCGCAUUACAGUAGAAUGUCAGAGAACGAAAGCCAUGAAGACCAUGCAUCUACAACCUCCCAGUUGAGUUUAAUCUCCAGCAACUCGCAGAAGAUCAAGGAUUGA